AGUUUGGGGACAGUGGGGUGGGGUGGGGUGAACCCAAGGGGGAGUCCGGAGUUAAAUAGUACAAAAGCCUGAAGCUCCGACAGCUCAGGACAGGACCAGGAGGACUGACUGGCAGGAGAGGUAAAGUAAACCGCUGUCCUGCCCACCUUCUCAUCGCCGCUCCUGCUCCAUCCCCAACCCCGUCUGGAAGCUACGGCCCAGGAGCCAGGACUCAGCUGCCAGUUCUGUUCCCAGAAAAAAUAACGAACAACAACAACAAAAAAAAACAAGGGCAAAAGAAGUCCCACCAGCCAGUCCCUUUGGAUCCCAUGGCGGGGCUGAGUCCAACGCAGCUACGGAAGUUUCAGGAGGAUGGAUUUCUGGUCCUGGAAGGAGUAUUUUCCCCAAAAGAGUGUGAUAUCAUGAGGGAGCAAAUCCAGAAGAUCAUAGCAAAAAUGGAAGUCCCAUCUCACUGUCGCACUGAAUUCUCUACUCAAGAAGAGGAACAGCUACGAGUCCAGGGCAAUACGGACUAUUUUUUGACCAGUGGAGACAAGAUUAGGUUCUUCUUUGAAAAAGGAGUGUUUGACAAGGAAGGCAAUUUUCUAGUCCCACCAGAGAACUCUAUCAAUAAGAUUGGUCAUGCUCUGCAUGCUCAUGAUCCUGUUUUCAAGAGUGUUACCCACUCACUUCAGGUGCAGGAGUUGGUCAAGAGUCUGGGGCUUGAAAUACCCGUGGUAGUUCAAAGCAUGUACAUCUUUAAGCAACCACACUUUGGCGGGGAAGUUACCCCGCACCAGGAUGCCACCUUUCUCCACACUAAGCCACUGGGCCGAGUGCUGGGUGUUUGGAUUGCCCUGGAGGAUGCCACCCUGGAGAAUGGCUGCCUCUGGUUCAUCCCUGGCUCCCACACAGGUGGCAUUUUCCGAAGGAUGGUACGGGUGCAGACAGACUCUGUGGGUAGCACCAACUUCAUAGGCUCUGAACCAAAUUACAAGGAUAGCCGUUUCAUCCCUACUCCCAUUCGGAAAGGGGGUCUUAUCUUGAUACAUGGAGAAGUCGUUCAUAAGAGUGAGCUGAACCUCUCCACCCAUUCUCGCCAUGCAUACACCUUCCACAUCAUGGAAUCCAAGGAUACUCACUGGAGCCAGGAUAAUUGGCUUCAACCAACACCAGAGCUGCCCUUCCCACUACUGUACACUUAAUGCCAAUCAGCAAGAUGGAUUUCCCUCUCCUUCCAGGUGAAGACUUGGGCCUAAUGUAUGGAUACAUCAAAUCACUCCCUGUUACCCUAGAGGUAGGAGUGAACUGUGUUACACCAUCACUUGGAUUUUAUAACCUAGGCCUGAUGCUCCCUCUGCCCACUGGGAAACAUGGCCCUUAUUUUUGUCCUGGACAACUGAAUACCUACCACCUCUGGUUCUCUUCUUGGGAUCAACCCCUGAAUUACCCUCAGACUCCCCUGGUAAAGAAGAAAAUAACCUGGUGUGUGGAGUUGGGGGGGAAACUAUAGGGAAGGGGGGAAGGAGCAUAGAGGGAAGAGGACAUGAAUGAAGGUCAUCUAAAGUGACAGUCAUUGAAUAAAAAACUACCAAAUGCAUAAGAUAUUUUCUGGUGUACUUUUACCA